AUCUUCCUGAGGGUUGUUACAUGGUGGUGAGUGCAAUCAUAGGUCUUGUCUUCAUCACGGGUGGGAGUGGGAUCAUUGUGUGGAUUGGUGGGGGGUUAAUUGGUUGAUAUCAGUUAUACCUGACGCCAUACUGCAUUGUGACUCAUUUUACAUUUGCUGUUACUAGGAUCUUCAAAUAAUUAAUUUAGUUGUCUUUCAGGUGUGUAUAUCUUCAUGGCCACAUGCAUGGAAGACCCAAGACCAUCCCAUUGAUUAAUAUCAGUUUUGCUAUUCGAUUUAUUUGGAUGAUAGGCCGGAAUAAAGAGAAUAUCCGACUUAUCUGCUUUAAUAGCGUGGUUUUAUAAGGUAGAUUUUUAAAGGAGGCUACUAUUGAUAACGCAAAAGCACAUACUGUAUUUACAUUAGACGUUCAAGUGGUAUCACUGUCAAGUUCACGUUAUAAAGGAUAAUCACAAAGUAUGUCACGAUACUUGUUAGUUAUAUGCAGUCAGUCAGCGCAAAUGCAGUGUUUCCCAUAUAUAGCACAUUUUGAAGAUUGCACCUUUAAUAGCAAGGAGCCCAUUUCCUAUGAAGUUGGGUCACUGUGGUGGAAGGUAAAUACAGAAUCAAAUAAGGAGUUUGCAAAGGCGCAGGCAGGUAGCAUGCGAAAACCCACAAUCUUUCCAAAGUGCAGAAGUUUUUUCUUCGAUCUCAUUCCGCUCUACUGUCUAUCCUCAACGCAUACUCAUUAGUGUAUUGUCGCGAAAUACAUUUUUUUUCUCAGAUUUUUGUAACCUAAGACGUUUUGAGAAUCCAUUUCAGGUAAAUUACAAAUCAGAUCAGGUAAUAUUAAUGUUCCAAUAUGUUUGUCGGAGAUAGUUCAGUUACAUGGGCUAUAUGUUUUUUUACCCAGAGAGGAUAGGAGUUUUAUUCUUUUUUUUAACGUGUGAAAUGCUGAAGGCGAGAGGGGACGUAUAAUCAACUUUUACCAGUUGAAUUUAGACAACUAUAUUGCACAAAUCCACUUUUCUGGACGAAGCCAGCCUAAAUAUGUUGGUUUCAUUUUGUUAAGACACUCCCGGACCGGACUAAAAUUUAAUUAACGCAGAUGCUUCUUAGUUGGGGUGUGGGAAGAGUCUGACUUCAGGGAAAUGGCAGUUAAUACACUGAAUUUAAACUACCAAACGUCUAUUUAGACCGAAUCACCAUCUCUUCAAAAUUUCAGAUAAAUGUUCAAUAUGAAGACCCUGUCCUGGUUUGUGUUUGCCCUGUGUAUUCUCCAUGUGGUGGGUGAGGUGAUCUACAAGAGAAUUGGUCUGCCUGUCAAUAUUGAUUGUGGAGUCAAGACGUCUAACAAGGAUGUAGAGUGGAAACAUAAAGCUGUGGGGGAAAGUGCAUCUGUGUUGAUCAUGGGCAUUACAUGGAACAAUGGCAAGCAGCGGAAAGGAAAGGCUCCCAUGGUUGAAAGGGCGAAAAUAAGUUGGGGCAAGCUGGAAAUCUCUGCUCUACAGGGUGGUGACGCCGGACUUUACAUCUGUAUAGCGGACAAGAAAAAUAUGGAUCACAGACUCGACAUUGUCACAGUCAAUGUCCACCCCACCAAUGUCCUCAUCCAAGGCACCAAUGCUAUCCUCGAGUGCCAGGUGACAGGAGUGGAUCCCUUGCCCAGUGUGGAGUGGCUUAGGCCAGGUGGAAUGGCGGCAGGGGCCCCUGUACGACCUGGCUUUGGGAAUGUCUCUUUCAGCUCUGUGGCCCUGUCAGACACAGGAGAAUGGACAUGUCAGAUUACUCAGAAUGAGAAAACACACAAAGAGACUCAGACCAUCAAUGUGAAAAGUUUGUUGACUGUUAAGCCCCUCUUGCCGGUGGAUGGCCAAGAUGAUGGGCAGGGGCACAGUGUACCUAACUCGGAUGUAAACACAGUGACAACUUGCUAUCACUGUACCAAAGGCAGUCAGCAGCCCGUUGAGGGGGUGUCCAUGCUGGGCUUAAGCCUGUGGGUGUGGGUGGCAGUGGGAGCAGGAUGCCUGAUCAUGGUCUUACUCCUGGUGACCAUUGUUCUCCUGCACCGCAGGAACAAAAUAAUGAAGAGAAGAGACCGGAAGGUGAAGAACACCAGAGAGCCCCUGAGGUCCAACGACUACUGCCAGUGUAACCGCACACUAGUGGGUCCACCUCAGAGGACACAGAGAGAGAAGCCUUUGGCUGUACCACGGAAACAGCGCUGAUGGAGCGGAGUAUUAUGGGCUGGAACAGGCUUGAUCGACGACACAGGGUGGAUGGGAAAAUGAUAGAGAGAGAAAAGUAGUCUUGUACAGUUAGAGAGAUCCAAAGGGAGAGAGAGGGGGGUGAGAUAAUGUAAAUGGGCUUAUGUCUGUUUCACAAAUAUGAAUGAUGAAAUUAUAUAAACUGAAAAUCACGUGUUGAAGAAAGAAACAAGCAAUGUUAUUCUUACCUAGGUUAUUGAAUGUCAUCUGACGUCUUUCCAGCAUUGUCAGCAUUGCCAUCCUCUACUGCAUUGCAUCUUUGUACUUAGAUAAUAUUCAAUGAUUAUUCAUUUUCACACAAAGCCUCAGACUUUGUGUACGGUUUUAGAAGGCUUUUGCAAUGAUUCUUGCUGUUAUAUUGCUCAGCGUGGCCUAUUUACAGACGUUACAAUUUUGUCUACUUUAUGGCUACUUAAAAAAAAAAUACCUGCUUGUUAUGUUGUGAAUUGACAUACCUGUUCAAUUCAUGUGUUUUCUUGUUAAAGGGAAUGAACAUCAUAAUAAUCAAUAAAGCCACGUUUUUGGA